AGGGCGCUGUUUUUCAACACAGCUGUUUUCGACGCACUCUCGCCUCGAUUUUGCAGACAAUUUUCGGCCGAAAAUUCGCCGAAAAUGGGCAAAUUCCUCGGGCUGGACAAAGUGGGCCGUCUCUUCGAAAUCAUCCGGCAAAAUGGAGGCAUCAGGGCUUCCCUGGCCAAAAUUUACAGGAUGGACGAACUGAAAUCGGGAACCCUCAUCGGCGAGGACAAGUACGGAAACAAAUACUACGAGAAUAAAAUGUAUUUUUACGGACGAAAUCGAUGGGUUGAUUACAAUGAAAAGCUGGCACUUGACUAUGACGGAAGCCAGGUGCCCGCCGAAUGGUUUGGAUGGCUCCACUACAAGACAGAUAUCCCUCCCAACAAAGACCCCACUAGGGUGAAAUACGCAUGGAUGGCUGACCACACUGAAAACCUUUCAGGCACCUCAGGUGCUUACAUGCCCUACAGCACGGUGCCUCCAAAAAUCCAAGCGUGGGUGCCCCCAAAGCCCAAGUCUUCGUAGUCCUAAGUUUGUAAAUAAAACUGAUAUAGAUGCUCCUGGUAAUUGUUCAUUAAAGAUAAUAUGUUAAAAUAAUUUUGAAUUUUACCUUAAAAUAUUUCAUAUUAUCCUUCUUUCAGUAUAAGCUAAAUUUUACUGGA